CUCAUAGUUCGUCCGUUCACUGUCAGCGGCGCUUCAUCUCAUCUCACCGAUCAACCGGAGAACAGCGGGAAUUAAACAUGUCCAUCACCGAGGAUGAGAUUAAAAACGAACUUCAGUAUCCAGGGGAUGACCUUGUCUUCUUCGUUAAUGGAAAAAAAAUCACUGAGAAGAAUGCAGACCCUGAAAUAACACUCUUGACAUAUUUGAGAAGAAGCUUGGGUCUGACAGGAACCAAACUGGGAUGCGCUGAAGGAGGUUGUGGAGCCUGCACUGUAAUGGUCUCCAAAUAUCAUCCAAGUCAAAAGAGGAUUAUUCACUAUGCCAUUAAUGCCUGUCUGGCUCCUCUGUGCUCUUUGCAUCACUGUGCAGUGACAACCGUGGAGGGCAUUGGCAGUGUGGCAAGCAAACUCCAUCCUGUACAGGAGCGAAUUGCAAAGGCUCACGGCUCACAGUGUGGGUUCUGUACUCCGGGAAUUGUGAUGUCUAUGUACGCUCUUUUAAGAAACAACCCACAACCCACCAUGCAUGACAUUCAGGAGGCUUUUCAAGGAAACUUAUGCCGCUGCACUGGGUACAGACCUAUUCUAGAAGGCUAUAGGACAUUCACAAAGGAUGGGAGAUGUUGCGGUGGGAAAAGUCAGACUAAUGGCUGCUGUAUGACUAAUGGAAACACACAAGAGCAUGAAAAUUCAGCGCAUCCAGUUCAGAACUUGUAUGACCAAUCAGAGUUUAUGCCACUGGACCCGACACAAGAGAUUAUUUUUCCACCUGAGCUUGUAAGUCUGAGUAAACAGACCCAAAGAGAGAUGAGGUUUGUUGGGGAACGAGUGCUUUGGAUUCAACCCUGUUCCCUCAAAGAGCUCCUGGAGCUGAAGGCCACCUAUCCAAAUGCCAAACUAGUCAUUGGGAACACAGAAGUUGGCAUCGAGAUGAAAUUUAAAAACCUUCUUUAUCCUGUGAUUCUGGCACCAGCUUACAUUCCAGAACUGAAUAUUAUCCAACACACUCAGGAUGGUAUUGAGGUUGGCGCAUCAGUGACGUUGACUGUGCUGGGUGACGUCCUGCAGUCAGCAGUGAAGAAGCUUCCCGCUUAUCAAACUGAGGUUUUUAAGGCUGUUCUAGAGCAGCUGCGAUGGUUUGCAGGACAGCAGAUCCGAAAUGUUGCAGCUGUCGGUGGAAAUAUUAUGACGGCAAGUCCCAUUUCAGACCUCAAUCCUGUGUUUAUGGCAGCUGGCUGCAAGCUAACAGUGAUGUCCAAAGGGAAGAAACGUGUUCUUGAAAUGGAUGACCAGUUCUUCCCUGGUUAUCGUAAGACUGCUUUGAAGCCAGAGGAGAUUCUUUUGUCCAUUGAGAUUCCAUACACAAAAAAGGGCCAGUACUUCUCAGCCUUCAAGCAAUCCCCUCGCAAAGAGGAUGAUAUCUCUAUUGUCACGUGUGGGAUGAAUGUAUAUUUCAAGAAGCAAUCCAAUAUCGUGCAGAGUAUUCGGAUAAGCUAUGGAGGAAUGGCCCCUGUCACUGUUCUUGCUAUGGCCACGUGCAACAAGUUGCUUGCCAGGCAAUGGAAUGAAAAUCUUUUAGAGGAAGCCUGCAGCUCAUUGGCUGAGGAAAUGAGUCUAUCUCCCUCAGCUCCAGGUGGGAUGGUGACAUACAGGCGCACAUUGACUAUCAGCCUCUUCUACAAAUUCUUCCUCACUGUCCAGCACAAACUGGCUGUGAACCUGCAGAUGGAGGGUGUUACUGUUGAAGACAUUCAACCUGAGUUUUCCACUGCUACUGAGCUCUUCCAAAUGGACACACCUUCCAGUGUACAGCUUUAUCAGGAAGUUCCUCCAGGUCAAAAUAAGGAUGAUGUUGUUGGGCGCCCUAUCACACACCUCUCUGCUCUUAAGCAGGCCACAGGAGAAGCGGUUUACUGUGAUGACAUGCCCUGCUAUGAAAAUGAACUUCAUUUAGCUUUAGUCACCAGCACUAAAGCUCAUGCCCUCAUAAAAUCCAUUGACACCUCCAGUGCAAUGUCUGUUUCUGGAGUGGUUGCAUUUAUUUCUGCCAAAGACAUCCCUGGAAGUAAUAUGACAGGACCUGUUGUCUACGACGAGACAGUUUUUGCAGAUGAUAAGGUCACAUGCAUUGGACAUAUAGUGGGGGCCAUUGUGGCGGACACACAGGCUCAUGCUCAGAGAGCAGCCAAAGCAGUGAAGAUCAGCUAUGAGGAACUGAAGCCUGUCAUUGUGACCAUUCAGGAUGCUAUUAACAACAAGUCAUUCUUCGAGCCAGUUAGAACUAUAGAAAGAGGAGAUGUUGCACAAGGAUUUAAAGACUCUGAUCACAUCCUGCACGGUGAGAUGCACAUUGGAGGACAGGAACAGUUUUAUCUGGAGACUAACUGCACGCUGGCUGUCCCUCGUGGAGAGGAUGGAGAAAUGGAGCUGUUUGUGUCCACACAGUCGGCCUCCAAGACACAAGCUCUGGUGGCUAAAGCUCUAGGUGUUCCUGCCAAUCGGGUGGUGUGUCGUGUGAAAAGAAUGGGUGGAGGAUUUGGAGGGAAAGAGAGUCGGAGCACCAUUCUAUCCACUGUGGUUGCUGUUGCCGCACAAAGGGUUAAGUGCCCGGUUCGCUGCAUGUUAGAUCGUGAUGAGGACAUGCUGGUCACAGGUGGCCGCCAUCCUUUCUUUGGACAGUACAAGGUGGGUUUUAUGAAGAAUGGAAGAGUGAUGGCACUUGAGGUGACGCUCUACAGCAACGCAGGCAAUUCAUUGGACCUGUCAUUGUCAAUCCUGGAGAGGGCGCUGUUCCACAUGGAUAACUCUUACAACAUUCCUAACAUUUGUGGCACAGGCUUCAUGUGUAAAACCAACCUGCCAUCUAAUUCUGCAUUCAGAGGCUUUGGUGGGCCGCAGGGCAUGAUGAUCGCAGAGAGCUGGAUGAGCGAUGUGGCCUUGAGCUGCGGUCUGCCAGCUGAAGAGGUGAGGAGGAUGAACAUGUAUAAUGAGGGAGAUCUCACACACUUUAAUCAACGUCUGGACCAGUUCACCAUCGCUCGCUGCUGGGAGGAGUGCAUGCAGCUCUCAGACUUCAACAAGCGCAAGGAUGCUGUGGAACAAUACAACAGGCAGCACCGCUGGACCAAGAGAGGGCUGUCCAUCAUUCCCACCAAAUUUGGCAUCAGCUUCACUGCUGUUUUCCUCAACCAGGCAGGGGCACUGGUACACGUGUAUUCAGAUGGGUCUGUUCUGCUAACUCAUGGUGGAACAGAAAUGGGGCAAGGUCUGCACACAAAAAUGGUCCAGGUGGCCAGUAAAACUCUUGAAAUCCCCUGCACAAAGAUUCACAUCACAGAGACGAGCACUAGCACAGUUCCCAACACCAGCCCUACGGCCGCAUCCGCCUCCUCUGACCUCAACGGGAUGGCCGUCUAUAAUGCUUGCCAGACUUUACUACAGAGACUUCAGCCUUUCAAAGACAAGAACCCAAAUGGCUGCUGGGAAGACUGGGUCACAGCAGCCUAUUUUGACAGAGUAAAUCUGUCUGCCAAUGGAUUCUACAAGACUCCAGAUCUUGGUUAUGAUUUUGACACUAACUCAGGAAGGCCUUUUAACUACUUCAGUUAUGGUGUGGCCGUCUCAGAAGUGGAGAUAGACUGUCUAACUGGCAGUCAUAAGAAUCUUCAUACGUCCAUCGUGAUGGAUGUGGGCAAGAGUUUAAAUCCAGCACUGGACAUUGGACAGGUGGAAGGUGGGUUCAUGCAAGGCUUAGGUCUGUUCACGCUAGAGGAACUUCGCUACUCUCCUGACGGUUACCUAUAUACUCGUGGACCUGGCAUGUAUAAGAUUCCAGCUUUUGGGGAUAUUCCCAGUGAAUUAAAGGUUUCGCUGCUCAGAGAUGCUCCAAAUGACAAAGCCAUCUUCUCUUCAAAGGCUGUGGGUGAACCUCCUCUCUUUCUGGCGGCCUCAGUGUUUUAUGCCAUUAAAGAUGCCAUCACAGCUGCCAGGGCUGAGUCUGGACUGACCGGACCCUUCAGAUUGGACAGCCCUGCCACCCCUGAACGGAUACGAAAUGCCUGUGAAGACAAGUUUACCAAAUUGUGUCCUCCUGUGGAUCCUGGCACCUUUAUUCCAUGGGCAGUGCAGGUCUGAGACACAGCAAACUCAGUUUAAAGUCAACAUGAAAUCAGUCACUUCAAACUUUAUUACUGCACAUUCCUGGUUAUGUGCAAUGAUUCAUUGGUGCUUAUUGUUCCAAAGAAAAAAAAAUAUUUGUCUUAUUAAUCUCCAAAUCAAAAUGUUCCAGCUUACUGUUUGCCUGAAACAACUUUGUUUUCCUGCAGACACAGGCUGUUGGAUAGUUGCCAAAGUACAUGUCAAAUGGCCAGGGGCGUAGUGGACAUUUUAAAUGUGGGGGGACAGCUAAAUGAGAUCCAUAAGUUUGCGUUAAGAUACUUAUUAAUUACCUGUUUCUAAAUAUUCUGUCUCUAAAAGUGAGGUCUAGUUUCCAAGUAAAUAAAUUCAAGUCUUUUCUUUUCAAGCAUACCGUUUUACUCAGAAAUAUGAUAUAUUACACAAGUAAAAUUGUUUGCAAAAGGAUAUUCAUGUUGGCUUUAAAAGUAUUAUUAUUGUAUUCAACAUGAGUUUGAUAAAUACAUUGUAAUUGCGAAAGAGAAACUGAGGAUUUCGCUGUGAAAACAUAAGCUUUUGUGCUGUUAUGACCUCUCAAUGAAGCUUAAAUGAUAUGAAUGUGUAACGAAGUAUAAAAAGUGCACUUAAUUACUUUUAAAAUUAAAAGUAAUUUUACUAAUGUUUUUUUUUUCAAUUGUUCAAAUGCACUGUUUUAUCACCUUUGAUCAUUUUAGUAACUAAAGCUUUCUGAUAUUUCUCACACAUUUUUAUUCAUAACUAGCAGUUCGGAGUUUAUACUUUACAAUUAAGUUUUUUUUUCUUAAUUCUGAGUUCAUAUAUUGCAAUUAUUACUUCUUUUAAAUUGCAUCUUAAUUACUCACAAUUAUUAGUUUAAAGGAUUUCAAACUUUUGUCUAUAUUUCUCAUAAAUCUGAGUUCACGUCUCAUAAUUCAGAUGAUUUUUCUCAGAAUUACAAUUCCCUCUCAUUUCAGCAAAAAUGCAAACUUGCAAAGGAUUUAAAGUUACAACAACCUUUUUUCUUGUGACAAUCAAUUAUUUAAUUAUGUGCAAAAUAAAUUAUUUUCUUUUUAAAUUGAAGUAUUGAAUACUGAUAAUAUGAUACUUUUAAUUUAUGGUAAGUCAAUAGAUUAUGUUAUUUUGCAAUAUAGAUAGUAAAUUAUACUUAUUUACACUAGUCUACAGUGAUUGUCAAAUUAAUGUAAUUUGUUCAUCAUGAUUCAGAUGAUUGCAAUGUGUAUGCGUAUGUGCUGAAAGCAACAUGUUGAAUCUUGUAACAAAGGACAAUUAUUGCUUCGAAAUGUAUCAAGAGUUGUUACUGGUAAAGGAUUUUGUAGCUUAUUAAUAUUGAAUGAGUCACUUCAAAACGCCUCAUUGUAUAAAAUAAAACAUGUGUUCUUACAUUA